AUGAUGGAAGUUUACAGAAAUUGGGAGCACUACGUAUUUGUUGAGUUGGCAGAUCCGAGAUUAAAUUCGUGGCCUUUCAUGCGUACUCCAUGGAAAGUUUUUGCACUGGUUGGAUUCUACUAUCUCUUCGUGAGAUAUUUGGGGCCAAGAUUAAUGAAGAACCGGAAGCCGUUUAAACUUCAGAAAAUCUUAAUUAUCUAUAAUGCGAUGCAAGUGUUGAUCAAUUUUGUCCUCGUAUUGCCAGGAUUUUAUAUGUAUGCCACUGGAAGGUAUAGCUUGUUUUGUGAGCCAAUCAAUAGAUCACGAAGUCCCGAAGCUAUGAUGAUUGUUCAUGCUGUUUAUUGGUUCUUCCUGUCAAAGGUUGUGGAACUUCUUGAUACGAUUUUCUUUGUGUUGCGCAAAAAAGAUAAUCAAAUAACCUUUUUGCACGUUGGUCAUCACAGUGCAAUGGUUUUGCUAACUUGGUGUGGUAUCAAAUAUUUUCCAGGAGGUCAUUUUACCUUUGGAGGGGCUCUCAACGCUUUCGUUCAUGUCAUUAUGUACACUUAUUACAUGGUUGCCGCAAUGGGACCAAAAUAUCAAAAAUACUUGUGGUGGAAAAAAUAUAUUACAAAAAUUCAAUUGACUCAAUUUUUAAUUCAAAUAAUCCAUUUUUCGCAAAUUUUCAUUUUUGAUUGUGGUUUUCCACAAUGGGUGGCCUUAAUAGCAUUACCAAAUGGUCUCUUCCUCGUUGACAUGUUUUGUGAAUUUUACAAAAAAGCGUACAUCGAAAAAGAAAAAGCCAAAAAUAAUAAGAUUCACUGA